CCACAACAUAUCAACCACCCCAAAACCACACAAAAUGCGAACAACACUCUCCCCGAUUCUCGCCUCCUUGGCGAACGUCUUCCGGAUUCCUCUUUCGCAGACUGCCUCUCGCCCGGCCGCGACCGCCGCCCUCAGCCGAUUCAAUGGCAGCAGCAACGAGAGCUCGAAGAAAUCGACCACAGCCGCGGCGAUGAGCAGCACCCGACAAUUCUCGACGACGAGCGCGUUGUCCAAGCGGAAGGGUGGUUAUCAGAGGCCCGAUAGACGUAUCACCAUGAUCCGCUACUUCCUGCACCACCCGCUCACUCCGCGGCCCCUCCGCUUCAGCCGCAACCGCUUCCUCCGACACUGGACCAUCCACCGCGCGUGGCACCUGUUCCAGGCGCAGCAGCGGCGCGCCCACCACCUGGAGCUGGAGCGGCAGUGGCACGCGAUGCGCGCUGCGUGCGAGGAGUUGCGCACCGGCGCCGGCGACGGCGGCAAGCUGUUCCGCAAGAGUAUGAUCAAGACCGGCAUCUUCAAGGACCUGUUCCCCAUCGAGUACGGCCGCUUGCAGACUGAGAGUCCCAGUAGCGAGGGCUGGAACCAUGACUGGAAGCGGAUGAAAUAGAUUUCUCUUUUUCUUUUUUUUUUCUCCUUAGGAGGUUCGGGGUUGGUGGGAGGAUAUGUUCGGGUUGACUUUACGAGGUAGUCCGUGUGGACAUGUAAGGGGAUUUGGGGGUGGAAUAACGGAGGGAGGAUAUGUGUUAUAGAGUGGACGGGUGCUUACUCGAUGUAUGCUAGGUUCUAGGGUCUGCUUCUUUCUUAUUUCUUUUGCUGUC